AUUUAUUCAUUUUCGUCGGAUUUGUUCGGUUUUCGCGUCGAUCGACUGCUUCGUAAUCGAUGCAUUCUUCGUUCGUUUUGAGAAUAAUGGCCGGUGCGUUCCUUUUUCCUUCCUCUGCCCCGGUAGGGAAUUUGAUUAUUCGGGGGUGAGAAUUGGACGCGCGGAGAGUCGACGCGCAUGACCGAGCCGAGUUUUCGCGGCGCGAACAACGUAAAGGCCGGCAGUCAGCCUCGAGCUACUUCACGUGCUUGUUCUAGAAACGUUAGAAAUGCUUUCGGUAAUCUGGUGUCGUUGAAUCAGUGUCCGAAUCUUUUCCUCCGGCUUUUCCGAGUGAAUACGUAAUGUGCGGUUAACCACGCGCCCGAAGCAUGGCAAUCAUGCAAUCCUGUUGCUGCUGGCGGUCCGUCAGGAGGGGUAGUUUCGCUUGCGCAAUUUACUCGGGGAUUUACUUCGCAGUGCUGGCGCUAACCACCGGCAAAGUGCUCCAGGGGGAGAGCCAGUAUCUGAAGGGGAAUCGUUCCUUACCGGAAUCCACCAGCUUCCUUGAACCGGACAACAUAUCCCCCACUACCGUGUGGAUUAACGUGGCCCUGCUUCUCUGCUCGAGCUGCGGCGUCAUUUGCAGCAUUCUACUCCUCUACGGUCUCUUCAAGGAUGAACGCGUCUUCCUCAUACCGUGGAUCGCCGCCGUGGUUGCGACCUGCAUCGUCGACGUGACGCAUUCGUUGUACCUGUUCGUCGCUGCUUCUACUUUCGACCCGGUGAAAGUGAUGCUGUACACGCUGAACUUCUUUCUUCUCUGCCUGAACAUGUAUUCGCUGUUGUGCGUCAUCUCCCAAUAUCAAGAAUAUAUGGCUGGUCGAGGCACCGCCGCGGAUGACUUCGAAUACAGGGUCAGUAUUCUGAGAGUCUCUCAGCGGAAACAGGAACGGGAUAAGAGACGAAAAGCUCCAGCAGUGAGGUACGCGACACAGCCGCCAACAACGACCGCCACGUCCUGCUUGAGCUCCCGGCGAGCAGCGACCAACAACGAAACCAAAACGACCGCAACACCGACACAGAGUCCUACGGCGGGUCAGAACGCUCAUUCCUUAGAGAAAAGUCCAGUCUCGGGACGACCGGCUAGGAAACACGUCCAGUUCCCAGAUACAGCCUCGGAUGACCAGAAACUCAAGUCUGAGAGUUCAGCCACAAUCCUGAUACCGAAGAAGGAUUCGGAGACCAUAAAUCUGAUACCGUCGUCCCCGGUGCGGCUCGAGGACCCACUGACGAUCGAUCAAUCCCAGAAAAAUAGUCUGAUCCGUCACACCUGAGCCUGGAACACCACUUUGUCGACGUUAACGAUGAAAUCGUCCUGCUGGUUUCAGCUCCCCGUUCGCGUUAAGCCUCCUCCAGGAGGAACUACCCUCUCGUUCCCAAUGAAUUAUUUAUCCUCGCGAAAUGAUUCACGAUCAAAUGAUUUAUCCUCGCGCGUUCGCAUAAUCGUAAACCUCCGAGUACUCGACUACUUGUAUUCGUCGCGUCCGCCAAACAGAUCUUGGCCAGUUUCUCCAUAAAGUUACACGUUCCUUUCUUUUCGUUGGAAAUUGCGAUCGUUCGGGGAUUGUAUAUUGGUUACACGGUUUACUUGGAUGGUACUGGUACCUUGAAUAAAGACGAGAGACAACAGACAAUAACACGUGCUUGGAAUACUUUCUAGUUCUAAUCUCUACUCGUGCGGAAACGUUUACGUAGUUCGGAAAUAAAACAAAUCGAUUACAUAGCUACUCUGAAAUUUUCUUUGGAUCAUUAUGACACGUUCAACGGCCAAGCAAGAGGAAAUGAUCGGAAAUCGAAUCGAAUAUUUCCAACGGAAAGAAACGAACGCUUUUACCGUAAUGAGUGUUAUCGAAACGGCCGUAAAAACGAUCGAAAGUUGCGAGACGACGUAGCAACGUUCCAAUAUGGAAGGACGUUUUGUUCUUUCACAAGAGUGAAAAGAAACUUGCUACCUGAGCCGACGUGUCAUCGGGAAUAUCGUUCUAUGGCGUCGCGUCGCGUUCCAGAGGAAAUCGGAAAAGUUGCGCUUGAUUGAUGCGGCGCGCCAAGCAAAUAGAGGCAGGAACUUUCCCGAUUAACGCGGGACGCGAAUAAGCGCUCGCGCGAGCAUCGAUCAAUAUCGACUAACGAGUCGAUCGUUAAAGCCGACUAAUGAACACCGAUCCUCCGAAGAUGGACGUUUCAGCGGCUCGGGAACAACUAUACUCCAUCUGAAUCUAUCUAGUUCCUCCGCUAUUCUUAAGUGCGCCCCGAGCAAAGGACCAGUUACCGACUGUUUUCUUCCCGAUCGAGCCAGCUCGGUUCCCUCGACUGCGCUCGCGCUGCGACUCCGGUUUCGUUCCGUUUUCGAGCUGAAUCGUUAACUACAGUUUACUUUAUUCGACGCUAUUACAAAGAAUGGAUCAGUCGAUUUUGCUGAAAACUAUUCGAUCGCGUAUCGUUAUGUUCGCUUGGACACUCGAAGCGCCGAACCUGUUAGAAGCGACGUCAACCGAGGAGUUGCCUAUCCAUUUGUUCUUUCGGUGGAUCCAUAGCUUUAGGAUACAGCUGCCCGAUUUCUCCGAGGCUGUUGACUGAUUCGUUCGUUCAGUGCGACCGACGAGCGUGAUCAACCGUAUUUUUCUAUUGGAGAUUUUCGGACGGAGGCCGAGGUAUUUGAAACUGAUCCGUUUCGCGUCGGAAAUCGGUGCUUCCCUUCUUGAUUCCCUUCUCGGAUCGUUCGAACCGAGACUCUGUACAUAUUAUUGUAAAUUCGAUCGUGUUACCAGUACCUGUUUGUAUAGAUUCCGAAGAGGACUUUUAAA